UUUAGCAUGCCAGUUUUACAUCACUGACUUUUAUAGUUUAGAAAGAAAUAUUUCGAACUAUGAGAGACUAAGAGGAAAAGAGAACAGACCACUUCCUCCGCCACUGGCAAUUAUAACUGCGAACACAGAGUACUACAUGUCAUUGGAUUUACAAAGUUCAACUUCACAAGAAGAAAAGAGGAAAUUUGGACAUGCUGUGGCCAUGGAUUCAGAGACUCAGCUUCUCAACUUGAGGACCGAUGAUGAAACCACACACCCGCUUAACUCUGAGCAAUUAGGAGAGACAUCGUUUGACACUGCCGAAGGCACCAGUGCCUCCUGUCUCACUACGGCAGAGCUUCAGCAGCACUGGAGGGCGGUAAAACAAGAGAUUAGGUCUGUCAAACUGCUGUUUCAGAUCCCAUCCACCCGUACUAUAGAACACACAACAUCCAGAUAUGUGGUGUAUCAGAUAAUACUAAUCAGAUCAGGCAGUUAUGAUCGUAAGCAUGCUGCCAUCGAGCGCCGCUACUCUGAUUUCCUCCACUUGCACCAUGAGCUUCUUCAGGACUUCAGCGAGGAGCUUGAGGAUGUCACCUUGCCCAAGAAGAAGCUGAUGGGAAACUUCUGUGAGGAGAACAUCGCUGAACGGCGUGUGACUCUCUGUGACUACCUGACUCAGCUGUACUCUUUGCGCUACAUCCGCCACUCACCUGCUUUUAUAGCAUUCUUCACUCACCCUGAGCUGAAGACUGCCUAUGACCUGUUGCGUGGAGGCCGCUACUCACACGCCCUGGGGGUUCUGCAAAAUGCAUUAGUGCUCCAGGAGAAACUGUGCUCUCAUGAUUCGCCCCUGCUUGUGCAAACACUUUGUGCUCUUUUUGUGUGUCAUAGGGACCUGGAGGAUUUCCAUGCAGCUUUUCAGACUGGACACAGGGCGCUGCCAGCAGUAAGGCGCUAUGGACUGCGCAAGUAUCGUAGCCCGCUACUGGAGGCCAUGGUUGAUCUGGGGUAUAAAUUACAGCGCCCUGUGGCUCAGUUACAAGAAGAACUGAUCAGAGUUCAAAACUCCACACAUGGAUCAGAGACACUAAUGUCACUAAAACAGCUUGUGGUGCAAGAGUUUACAUGAACCCAAGGUUUUCAUUAUCCCCCAAAUCAAUAAAACUUUACUUGAAUAAAAUGUCUUCAAUAUAUUAAAACUAUUGUGGGCCAGGG